GAUGACUACAUAAUGGAUAGAAAACUCAUUGUUACCGUCGCAGACGUCGCACGCUUGAGUGGUCUUCUGUAAAAUCGUAUUCUGGAGGCUCAAACAAUGCUUUUCUUAUGGCGGGGCUGCGUAGAAUUAAAGCCCUAAAUCUUUUAAAAUUUAUUAUUAUAACCGCGUAUUUUGCUGUAAAUAUAUCCCUCUUUGCGUAUUUUUACAUAUUAUUAGAAUAGAAUGUAAGCAAUGUAUUCCGUAAGUUUAUAAUUGGCCACAAAUGCGAGCAUAGGUAUGGCAUCACAUAUUGAAAUCAUGGCGUUAUUUGCCAUUCGCGGCACGAUUCUGAUCAGAAAGUGACUUCUAACUUGCGCGGGAAAGGUCGUCAGUUUAGAUUUAGACGAUGUUUCUUCUGCAGUGGCCGACGUAGGCCUACCAACUUCAUAGAAUUGUAGGUAUUUGAUUAGCAGCUGACGGAUUAUAUGACUUGGUGAUGGCUAUUUAGUUAUUGGUUAGGUUCUAGACUAGGCUAUAUGGAGCCCAUGAACAUGAAUGCUAAUUCCUGAAAAUGACCGUACCGGUACAUUCCCUACAGAACUGUAAGCACCUGGAUUCACUCUUCCACUAGUCUACAUUAAAUUGUAAUAACUAGUACUAAUUUAAAUUUGCACUUACUUCCUGACUGUUGCACUACUUCAAUGCAUUACGGUACGGAAUAGAACGAUAACAUGAAUAGGCCUAUUAUAACGUUAAAUAUUGCAAACUCUGAAAAUGGGGUGGACGAUAGCCAAAUAUGGGAUGAGUGGGAAAAUUUGACAGAGGAAGAAAUUGAAAGUUGUUUGGAAUGUAUAGGCCCAAUUAAUAGUGCUGAAAAUUUCGACAAAAGUCCACCGAAAACUUUACAUCAUACUUUGACGACAGAAGAAGCUAGCCAGCUGUACUCCAAGGCUGCCCAUUCAUUGCUGCUGAGGUGUCAUGUAAAAGUGCAAUCUACUCCACCAGUUGUGGCUAUUGAUACAAUAAAAUCUAUAGCUAUUUCACAUCGCAAGCUAAAACUGGAUGACUUUUACAUGGAGUACUCUAAACAAGUAACCUCAGCUAGUCAAUUGUUGGGACUACCUCAGGCAAUUGCUGCUCAGUUACUCAUCAAAUUAUACGAUGAGGUGGCUAGUUUUAAGAUGAAAACCCCACAUACAAGUGAUUAUCAAACAACAGGGAUAAAUGCUCGGGAAGCAGCUGCCUGAUAUGUGAAUCUCACUUUCGAGCAGAUGACUUCAUAGUGCACUUGAGCCGCAAGACGUUACGAUUAGGUGCUCUACCUACAGAAAAUUUACCCAAGCAAGUAAAACAACAGACACCCAGAAAACAACCUGCUCCUCGAAGACCAUUACUAGUCCAGCCUAAACACUGCACAAUUCAACAUCUGUGGAAGGCAUCUGAAAGACUAUCUUCGAUCUGGAGAAGUACUUGGUCUUUCCAUAUCCAUCAGGAAAAUUUCAUAGCUGAAAAAUAUGUAUCUGAAGAAGAAAUUUCUCCUUCUAUUAGUGUUAAGGUUUCAUCAGAUAUGCAGAUUACUCGUCUUUCUUUCAGUGGUUGGAGAGUUAAUAUUGGCUCAUUAAAUGUUUGUGAUAUAACAAUAUCUCCUUUGACUCAAUUUCUAGAUGACCUUGCUGCUUACCAACUAUGUUCUGGCGUAUGUACAGAAACCAAAAACACUAGAGUCCAUACGAUUCAGAAUUGGAGCAACGAUAAUAUGGAAUUAGUGAAGACCAACUAUUAUCGUUCGCCGCAUUGUCAGAUAGUCUUGAAAGAUAGACUGUCUUGCUGUCCCUGUGAAAAAUAUGAAAUCAAAACAGUGUACAACAGGAAAUAUGAAAAAAGAAGUGACAUACCUGAUGUUUCUUCUGACGAUUUGAUGCUUGUCGAUGAGACUUUGCACAAGGAUAUUUCUAAUUUAAUUGACCUUGAGGCACCGGUAAUGAAUGAAUGGCAGAAGAUGUUUUUUGAAGAACAAAAUCGAAAUGCUGAGGCAAAUCCCAAAGGCCGCCGAUAUCAUCCUGAUGUGAUCCGUUGGGCGAUCGAAAUGUUCUCUAAAUCACCUGCUGCGUAUGAACAAUUAAGAACUUCUGGAGUUUUGACUCUGCCUUCAGCAACGACAUUGAGACAAUACAGGUAAAAUGAUAAUAUCAG